AUGAUAGCCUCGCCUCCAUCAUCCAGCGAAACUCCCCAGCAAACGUCUUACGAUUUCGACAAAUUACACGAAUUCCUGCCGCCUUAUCGUUCUUUGCUUUCUCCCAAUACAAGAUAUGACUACCAAACUCAUCAAUUACUCCACGAUGACUCGGACUUCCGCCUGAAUAUCUGGCCCGGACCCAAAGGCGGGAAGAAGAACAAGAUCAAGAUGAAGUAUAAGUCACUGUUGGCACCUAUUAACGAUACUCGAAAGAAGAUUUUGAGUGCUGCAACUGAUUCGCUUUCAAUCCGGUCCUUCAAGUCUGUGAUCACACUCAGGGACCCGGCACAAACGGGUGCUGACACUGAACCAAUCACGUUUUCCUCGUUACCUCUGGAGGUUGGUGAUGUCAUCUUUGGGUUUCUACAGAACGAUACCAAAACCCUGAUCAACUGUCUAUAUGUUAACAAAAGGUUCAACGAGUUGGCGAAAACGUUUUUGUACCGCUCCCCGGUUCUGACCUCCACGUAUCGGGUCGGCCAAUUUGUCAACGUGAUCAUGAACGAUCCGUAUCUUGCAACCCUUGUUGAAACCCUUGAUUUGUCGCAGUUGGCGCCUGGAUUAUCAUCGGAGGGUGAGGCUGAAAAUUACAACAUCCUGGUUGACCUGUUAAAUAACCGGGAUGAAGACGACCCUGCGAGUCCACUGAGUGAUGCGGAUCGCCUUGCGGGUGACCAGGACUCUUUAGCCGGCUGGAGAGACUGGAAGUUCCGAGAUCAUCCUCUCUAUGGACGUCGUUCGCAAUGGGAAGCCCCUAAACAGGAUCAAUCGUCUCAGCCAACACCGACACCUUCAGCCAGAUCAAGGUCAAGAUCAAGACGCCACAGCUCAAUUAUCAGUUCUGGAAACUCGAUUUUUUCUACAGGAAACUAUAGCUCUGAUAGCACCGAUCUGCUUCGAUCAAUGAGUAACACAAGUACCACGAAGUCGGAGAAGAAAUCCGGUGCAACGGCUAAGAGUCUGAAGAGAAGUUUGAAGAAGGCGUUGAAUAUCGAUCAUAAGCAGGUGAAUCUGAUCCAUUCCUACGCGGCUUUAUACGAUCAGCCAAUCCCUUCCUCGCAUCAUCGUCGCAGUAGCGGUGGAAUAGUGGGUCCGAGCACCUCACCGCGGCAAGUUGGAGAAACUAUUCGCAAAGGAGGCUCUCGGCCCUCGUCUGCAAGCUUCAAUCCAGUCAGAGAAUCUCGUUACAGACCCAGUUCGCUCCACCAACCUUUUUCCUCGCGUCAUCCACUUGCAAACAAAUUUUUGAUGAACUACUGUUUUUCAAAGGACUUGCCUGUUGGCUACGUGAUCCAUUUGAUCCAGGAGUGUGAACACCUGAAGGUGUUGAACCUUUCAAAUCUUUCACUGAGCCCUGAUUUUGAAAUGCGUGAUUACGAGUUCUUUGAUUGGUGUACGGGUCGCGGAAAGAUCAAGACUCCAUUGAGAACCGGGAUUGGACUAAAUUACGGCUCAAUGUUGCUGGAGGCUGAUAAGAAGGUCGAAGAGCCUAAACUUCCACCAGUGUCUAAGCCAGUAUUUCUUUCUGAUACCGUCAUGCGUGAGGCCAAGCAAGGCCGUCCCGAGCACAAAAAGCUGAUGCAUUCAGAAAUUUUGGAAGCGGCGUCGAAACUGGAGGGCCUUGAGGAAAUUCAUCUUUGUUCGCUGAUUUGGACCUCCAAGAAAGACAUUUUCCGAUUUAUCAACGAUUCGCGAUCAAUUCAAAACGGUCAUCUGCGUGUUCUGGAUGCCACAGACUCGGGAAUGGCGAGGGGCUUGCCAUGGGCUCGUCGGCGCAGCGUGAAGGAAUGGCGCCGCUACAUUGAUGAUGACGAAUCAUACCACAAUCAAAUGUCCAACUUUGUGAAUGUUUUGCUUGAGACAAUGGGCGAGGAUUAUUGA